GCGAGGCGCUGGGUAGAGCCGGGGAUCCAGGUGCACUGCACGGAGCUGUAAGCGGUCGGUGCAGAACCGGUUCCCGAUUUCGGAGGCACCAACCUUCAAGAUCUGAAUACUUUUCUCCUGUUGACUCUUUCUCUUCUGACUGCCCGUGUUUCUUCGAAGGUGAGGCCAGUGCAUAACCAGUGAAGCAUCUUCAAUCAAGACCGUCUACCUUCAUGGUUCCAACAGGUUACUACAAGACUAGUAGACUGGUGAACUAACAACAGGGCCAGCAGGAGCACGUCACUUUGGAGAUUAAUGCCAUCCAUUUUGAACCAGAGCUGAGAAUGUGGUUCCUGUUCAGUCAUUUUUUUGCAUUGUCAUUCAUUUUCUGCUCGGCAGAAGACAGCAGGCAGUAUGGGCCAGUGUUCGAAGAACAGCCACUGCCUACCAUCUACCCAGAAGAAUCCGAAGAAGCAAAAGUGUCACUAAACUGCCGAGCUCGUGCAAUUCCUUCCCCGGUCUACAGAUGGAAGCUAAACAACCGUGACAUUAAUGUGGACGAUACUCGCUACAGUAUGAUCGGUGGCAACCUGGUUAUCAACAACCCGGAAAAAGUGAAGGACCGUGGCAAGUACCAGUGCCUAGCAACAAACAAAUACGGAACCAUCAUCAGCAAAGAGGCCAAGCUGCAAUUUGGAUAUCUUGAGAGGUUUCCGACUGAUGAGCGUCAAGCUGUGAAGGCAAGGGUAGGAGUUGGUGCAAUGCUUUUGUGUGCUGCCCCUCCACAUUUUCCAGAUGACCUCACCUAUCGCUGGCUGCUGAACGUUUUCCCCAGGUUCAUUGUGUCUGGCAGGCGCCACUUUGUUUCGCAGAACACCGGAAAUCUCUACAUUGCAAAAGUGGAAGACACUGACCUGGGCAAUUACUCCUGUAUGGUCAGCAGUCCAUCCAUUUCCAAAAGUGUUUUCAGCAAGUACAUCCCUCUCAUCCCUCAAACAGGCGGUGUCGUGAAGAGAUAUCCUGCUGACAUUCGGGUGAAGUUCACUGACACCCAAGUCCUGAUGGGUGACAAUCUAACUCUUGAAUGCUUUGCGCUUGGAAACCCAAUUCCUCAAAUCCAGUGGCGGAAGGUGGGGGGCAGCUUGCCCAGCAGCGCUGAGCUGCUCAACUUCAACUCGGUCCUAAGGCUGUCAAACAUCCAGCCCGAGGACGAGGGAGCCUACGAGUGUGAAGCCAUGAACUCCAAAGGGCGAGACCACGUCGAAGGCUGGCUGACUGUGCAUGCUCAUCCUUACUGGAUCCGUCCCAUCAAUGACACCAUCGAAGACAUCGAGGGUGAGCUGAUCUGGCCCUGUGAAGCAGGAGGAAAGCCCCAGCCCACCUACAGAUGGUUCCGAAAUGGAGAAAUAAUAUAUGGGGGCCGAUACCGGAUAAACAGAGGGGAACUGCGAAUUUCGCGACUAACUCAGGGAGACUCUGGAAUGUACCAGUGCCAGGCAGAGAACAAGCACGGAUCCCUGUAUUCCAAUGCCGAGCUCAAGGUUUUGGCUUUGGCACCGGACUUCAGGCUGAACCCAGUGAAGAAAAAACUCUUGGGGGCCAGAGGAGGCAAAGCAAUCAUUGAGUGCAAACCCAAGGCUGCACCAAAGCCAACGUUCAUCUGGAGCAAGGGCACCGAACUCCUCAAGAAUAACUCAAGGAUGUCUAUUUGGCCCAACGGCACUCUGGAGAUUCGAGAUGUGACCAAGGAUGACGAGGGGAGCUACACCUGCUUUGCAGAGAACAAGAAAGGAAAGGCGAACAGCACUGGCACCCUUUCAGUCACAGAGCCCACCAAAAUCACCCUGGAGCCAUCAAACAUCGACAUCAAUGGGGAGAACGGGACCAUGGAGUGCCACGCGUCCUAUGAUCCCACUCUCGACCUUGCUUUCAUCUGGUCAACAAAUGGCUACCCCAUCGACUUCGACAAAGAGAAAGAGUACAUGGAAUACAGAGUACUGGAAGGGGGCGGUGGAGAACUGUUCUUCAAAAACGCACAGCUGAGGCACACUGGGAAGUACACCUGCACUGCGCAAACCAACGUCGACAGCACCUCGGCCUCUGCAGACCUGAUCGUCAGAGGUCCACCGGGACCCCCUGGAGGAGUAAGAGUCGAAGAUAUCCGAGACACCUUUGUGACUUUGUCCUGGAGUCGAGGGACGGAUAAUCACAGCCCAAUCUCCAGGUACACAGUCCAGCAGAAGAUUUUGGAUUCUCUCGAUUGGAAGGAUGCCAAGACAGAUCCCGAAGAUAUAGAAGGCAACCUGGAAACCGUAAAGGUUGUAGAUCUAAUCCCGUGGAUGGAUUAUGAAUUCCGUGUAAUUGCAACAAACACCCUGAAUGGAGAACCCAGUAUGCCAUCCAACAAAAUCAGGACUGCUGAAGCAGCUCCCACCGUGGCUCCAUCUGAUGUUGGGGGAGGCGGCGGAAACCACCGGGAACUGACAAUAACAUGGACGCCCUUGCCAAGGGAGUACCAUUUUGGAAGCAGCUUUGGUUACCUUGUUGCCUUCAAGCGAAGUGGGGAGAGAGAAUGGAGGAAGGUCACAGUGCCCAAUCCCGAAGGCAACAGAUACGUUCACAAAGAUGAUUCGCUGACUCCGCACACUCAGUUUGAAGUCAAGGUCAAAGCUUUCAACAGCAAAGGAAAUGGUCCGUUCAGCCUGUCUGCUUUUAUUUAUUCAGCAGAGGAUGAGCCCAAUGAAGCCCCUGCAGAAGUGAAUGCCUGGAGUGUCUCAUCCUCAGAAAUUGAAGUAUCCUGGACACCUGUGACCCAGCGGUCACUCGAAGGCUAUGAAAUCAGGUACCGAAGGGUCAUUGACACCGAGGCGGCCACACAGCGGGUGAGAACGAUUGGAUAUAACACGACAGCCAGAAUCAGAGACCUUAAGCCCCACACACGCUACUCUAUUGAGGUCAGGGCCUAUAACAAAGCUGGCGCUGGGCCUUCCAACCAACCAAUUAUAAUCACCACAAAGAAAGCACCUCCCAGCAAGCCUCCAAAAAUUAUUGACACCACAAGGCUCGGUACAUACUUCAAGAUAUCCUGGGAAGCAGUCAAGCCCUUGGACAAUGAGUCAAACGUUGAAGGCUACAAGGUGCUAUACCGAAGAGAUGGCACAGUAAACAGCACACUCUUGCAGACCAUCGGACACAAUAUAAACAUACCCAUUCACGAUGAGGGGGAUUACAUCGUGGAAGUAAGAGCCUACGGAGAAGGAGGAGACGGUGCCGUGAAUUCAGUCAAGAUUUCCAAAAGUCCAGGAGUCACUGUGCAGAUCUCCUACAUCUUGCUUAGUUUUGGCCUGAUGCUUGGUGCCAUCAUUUGCCUAGAGCUGUGAUUGUAGCCAACGUUAUCUCCUCUUUACAUCGGUAAAGAGCACUCCGUGAGGUGACUGAAUCGUCUCAAGCCUGUAAAGAUCUUUGCUCGCUGCAGACAUCUCUGGUACCAUCAAAAGCCAAAUAUAGUAUGAAUUUGAAAGACUUAUUGUAUACUUCUAGAGGACAGAAGGCAUCAAGGAACUUUAUCCCAUCCACCACCCACCUUGCCCUCCCGCCCCCAUUAAAUACCAAGUAAACAUAACAUUGGAAGUGAAUCAAAGGAAUUCUUUUGACUUGUUCCAAUAUGCCUUAUAUAAACACUUACACUGAUCUAUGGCAGUUGCAUGAUUUGAUCUAAUGGUGCAAGUUACCAGUGACAGAAUACCAUAGCUUAGAGUUUGAGGAAAAGAAUUGAAAUCACCACACAUAGGUGCUUUAACAUUUAACAAAAAACAGUUAAGUAAACCAGAAAUGAAUGCAUUGGUUGUUUUAAAAGUGAACGGAAGGUUAACCUUGUCAUGUACUGUGUCUGUAUGCAGCACUGUUCCUUAGAGUUGACCGCAGCCAAUCUCCCAUGAAUGAGAACCUUCUUUUCAGAGAAACAGUCAUAACAAAUACAAUAGAUUGCAGGUUUAUGGUUAUCAGGCCACAUUUUCCUUUCGAGAAGUGUGCACUCUGGGUGUUUGAAAUCAGCUGCACCUUUUAGUUGCCAUGAUAUGCAUGCUGACAUUGAGACAUCCUACAGCUUUGCUCCUAUGUUGGAUAACUUCUCACACAAAGCCAGACCCUGUAAUCAGAAAAUAGAAUAAACACAUUUAUACUCAAUUACCAAUUUGUUUAACUUGUGUGUAGAUUUAUACUGUGAAAGUAACAUUCCAACGUAAUGCUACUUUCCUUCUUGACUUGCCUUGCCUUCUUUGACCAACGUUAGAUUAACUGGUUGAUCACACUCAGCAGGUCAGGCAGUAUAUGUGGAAAGAGAAACCAGGGGUCUCUGACAUGAAACGUUAACUCUGUUUCUCUUUCUGUAGGUGCUGCCUGACACAAUGAGUGUUUCCAGCAUUCUCCAUUUUUUUUAAUUUCAGGUUUCUAGCAUCUGCAGUUUAUUUGAUUCACACUAAUUGGUUGACUGCCUAUUGUGUCUCUUGUGUCUCCACCUGCCUAUUGUUGAUUGUGGGACUUUCCUUCCUGCACUGAAUCCUCAAAUGCCGGAUUUUCAUGAAAUAAUUCCCUUUUUAAGAACUCAUAUUCUGACUUGUUUUAUAGCUCUAUCCCAGCUGCCCCGUUCCUUGACCAGCAGCAAGUGAGCCAGACAUUGUCCAUUUACUGUUUGUGGGAGUUUGCUGUUCAUGAACUCUUGACAUUCUUUUCUGACUGAAAGACAACCGCUCAGAGGCAACUGAUAAUACAGGAAGCAUUUUGACACAGUUUUGAGAGACAAGCUGGCAAGCAGCAAGGAUCUCCUCAAACUUGAGGAAGCUCGUAGAACUUUAAUACAUUCCAGACAUCGGACCAACAAUCUCGCCGCACUGUAGAAACUUGUAGGAUUUUGGGGAUGGGUACCACAAUGGUUACUUUUUCUGCUUGAAUGUCUUAACGUUUUAUAUUGUGUUGGCUGGUGAGUUUCUCCAAUCUAACUUGUUAAACAUUUUUAACGUUAUUCAGUCAAUCUAUUUACUUGCUUUUGCCAUCUCUUCACUUAGUUGCUUCUCUUCAAUCACAGUUUGUCCUCUUCCUUUUUGAUGAACUUGGCAUCCUCCUUGUGUUGUGACAAUGCCCAGUUCCCAGGCUACUCCUGAGGAAUUACUGCAAGGGUCUGAAAGAAUGUCCUUGUUCGCACAGUUUGAUCUUACCUUCAAUCACGUGUUGUGAAACCUGUUGAUCCAACAAUAAGCAAUUGCAAGUUCUCUACACACAUUCUGGUUCAAUAAACAGAUGUGGUAGCCUGAGACAUCAACAAAAAAGACCUUAAGGCCCAUCAUACCUGUGCUAGCUCUUUGAAAAAUGAUAUCACAUCAUCCAUCCGCCGCUUUUUCCUUCUUUUCAGUUACAUAUCCUAUUCAUUGCAAUUGAAUUUACUUCCACCACCAUUUCAGGAAGAUUAUUGUGCAACAUAACAACUCAUUGGAUUAAAAAAAAUCCCCUCAACUUCCCUAAUUUUUACUUACCGGUUAUUUUGAUCUGUAGUUGGAGAGAGUUGGUGCUUUAGCACUGGUUAAUAAAUCCCAUAAAUCAAGCAUCAGUCAGACCACUAAAGGUAAAGGAAAGAACACCCCCCCGUAACGUCAAAAAGUUGGUAAGUCCAUGCUUCAUGAGGGACAUUACAGAUCAGCAGGUUCUUGAUGAUUAAAUAACCCAGGAUCUCUUGUGCAGAGAUCAUUACUUCUUGUUUCCAGAGGCAUGGAGGAUAUUUCCUUGAAGGAGUCCAGUGACAGGGGAUAUAGUUUGAGAAUAAGGACUGAGAAGAAAUUUCUUUACUCAGAGGAUGGUGAACCUUGGAACUCUUUACCCUGGAGGACUGUGGAAGCUCAGUCAUUGUGUUGACUCAGAACAGAACUCAAUGGACUUAUGAGCAUUAAGGGAUAUCCUGGAUAUUGGGGCUGAAGUAAAAGAUCAGCCAUGAUCUUGACAAAUGGCAGGACAGCGUGAAGGGCCAAAUAGCCUACUCGUGCUCUUAUUUCUUAUGUUCUUCUGAUGAACUUGGUAUCCAAAUGAGAAGAGAAGACUUUAGUGAAACCCUCAGUGUCCAAUCAAUGGAUGCUUCGCACAGCGUAUGGUAACGUGUCAAAUUCAUUGUUGAAUGAAAUAUCUUUUAAGCAGAGAAGUAUCUAUCUUGGAAAAGUAACGUUGCAUGAAGGUGGAUUCAUUUGAUUGGAACUGCAGAGAAGAUCACAAAUAAUUCCAGAAAUGUAUGGGAUCGUCCAAUGUAGUGAUGUUGAUCUGGGAACAAAAGGAUUUGCAUUGAGAAACACAGAUCAUCCUACAGGGUUUCAAUGCCAGCAUGUUCAUAACUAAAUUUUGCAGCACUCACGCAUUUUAACUGCUACUGUCUGUAAACACAGCGGUUACAUCAAACACCUAAAGUUGAGCACAACCUCCAGUUGGUGUAGAAAGUGCUGCAGCAGCUGCCAAAACGCCUGAAAAUAGCUAACGCUUUUGUCUAUAAAAAUUUCAGUGUUACAUGUUGGUGCUGUGUGAGGAAUUUAAAGUCCAUUUAUGAUUCACUUGUCAAUUAAGAUUGAAUGUGUGAUUUUGCAGGUAACGCAAAUGGUGUUGAAUCAGCGGGUUAAAAUAUUAGUGCAAUCUCGUGCUUUAUAACAGAGUAAUAGCUUUUGAAUGAAACUUAGCACAAUCUUGCUAGAUAGAGGUAGAUUCUUCUCAUAGAUUUCAUGCUCUCUUCAAGCUUUGUCAGUAAUGAUGCAGAACUAGGCAUUAAGGUAUGUUAUAUGUGAUUUCAGUAGUUUUAGUAAUGAUGGAUUUUUUGCACUAUGUCAUUUUUAAUAUAAACUAAAUGAGUUAUUCUUAUUUCAGUUACUUCAUAGUACAAUCAACCAGAUUUAUUUUCUGAAGGUUCAUUUGUCAGAUGAGAUGUUUGUUCAUCUUUAAUUCAAAUGUUUCUUGAUCGAAUUCAUUUGUUACAACUGAUUUCUGAACAUAUAAAUAAAUCAGAAGGGUUUCCUAAAAGUUA